CAGUGGCACAAAUAUUGCAUUUAUGCAACAAUACACGCACUUAAGUAUUUGUCAUAAGCACGCACACAUACAUAUAUACACACACACAGACACACACACACACGCAAUCACACAUACACAUUUUCAACGCCGCUGGCUGUAAAGGCUUUGGCAGCAGGCAAAGAAAAAAUAAAUUACAUAACUCCUAAUUAAAUUUAACUGAAAAUUUGUUGAGGACGAACAAUAUCCGCUCCCAACCGAUUUCAGUUAAACAGUUACAAACAGCAGCAAAGCAAAGCAAACCAAAAGCAAGCACUAAAUACAUAAAACGCACGCGACCCACCGCACCACACCGCGCGACCAACGAAUCACACCAGCUGCGACAGGCUGACGCAGGCUGAAAAAAAAGGGUGGCAGCACCUUGCGGACAACCACAACAACAACAACAACAGCAAACAUCAAUAACAUCUCAGCGGCAGCAACAGCAACAACAACUACAACUAGAACAGCAGCAACAGCAGUACACAUAACGGCGUUCGCUGGAUAAAGCAUACAAUUUGAAUUGCAGAUCGUCAACCGCAGCCACACCCGCAGUCGCAGCAGCAGCAGCAGCAGCAAACUUGACUGGUGGCAGCCGUAAGAGACGGACAUAUAAACGACAUGUCUGCGGCACGUUUACCAUAUUAUCAACAGCAGCCGGCGGAGCAGCAACAACGCCGGCGCAGCGGCAGCCGUGGUCGCGGCGGCCAGCGCUGCGUUGGCUAUCAGGAGCGCAACAGCAACAGCCGGCGCGAACGCAGCCGUUCUGCUGAACGACGUCGCUAUAGUCACAGUCGCAGUCGCUCCGCGGAGCGCCAGCGUCGACGUCACAGUCGCGAUCGCGGUGAGCGGCGUCAUCAGCAUCGUCAUCAUAGGGAUUCGCGCGAUCGUUCAUGGGAGCGCGAGAAGGAGCGGGAGCGCGAGCGCGAACGUGAUCGCGACCGCGACCGCGACAGGGAUUACUCCAGACGCAGCUAUUAUCAGCGAGAUAGUCGCAGUCGUUCCCAAACGCCACCGUCUUCGGCACGUCGACAGCAGCCACACGGCAGCUCCAGCAACAACAACAACAAUAAUAAUAAUAACAACAACAACGGCAGCAGCAGCAGCAGCAACAACAGCAACAACAAAGUCAACAGAGGCAAUAUCAAUGUGGAGGAUGUGGUGCGUGCACAGGGACCGAUGAAUGGCAACGGGUCGAGCCGGGAUAAUGCCAUGUCUGCCGUAGGUGCCUACUACAAUCUGGACACGGACGAGCCCUUCGACAAGGAGCGCAUACAUCGCGAAAUCGAGGAGAAACUGCGCGAGACACUUGCGCGCGAAGGCAAGGUUUAUCCGCCGCCCAAGCCUGAGGCAUCGCAUCCAGUUUUCGCCAACGACGGCUCCUUCAUGGAACUCUUUAAGAAAAUGCAGGAGGAACAACAGCGACCGCAGCUACAUCAGCAGCAGCAACAGCAGCAGCAGCCGCCGCAUUUCCCGCAGCCGUUGUCGUUGCCGUUGCCAAUGCAACCACAGUUGGAUGCCGCCACAGCUGCUGCCACAGCGGCUGCGGCCGCAGCAGCUGCCGCGGCCGCCGCAGCGCUAAGAGAACAACAACAGCUGCUGGAGAAUUGCGCAGCAGCAGCCAGUCCAUUUGGACCAUUGCCAGCGAUAGCUGCCGGCGCGGCCAGCACACCGGCUGCGCCCUAUAUAGCCGCAGCGGCGGCUGGUAAAUCGGCGCCGCCGCCACCGUUGGUCGGACGACGACGCGGUGGCAAAAUCUUGAAAACGGGCGUCGUGGCCAAACUGAAGACGCCCAGUGAACGGGACGUGGAUCCCAAGGAUUUCUGGUCGCUUUACCUGGCCGAAGUGAAUAAAUAUAAGAGCAACGCCUGCGAUACGGACAAUGGCAAGCGGCCGCUGGUUAAAUAGGAUAUCGGGAUGCGGAUGCACACCUCCACACAUACACACACCAACAACUACACACACACAUUUAUAUAUAUUAUACACAUACGCACAACAAACGGAAAGAUGAACUUGAACGCAGCAGGCCGCAAACAAUGUUACAAAAAACGAAAACGCUUUGGCGUUAGCUUUAGACUCUUGUCUCGCACACACACACACACACACACACACACACACACAGCUAGACAUAUAUAUAUAUAUAUAUAUCGAUCGAUAUAUCCAUAUGGAUUUUCUUUUAAGCUAAGUGAAAAUCUUUUCUCAUUCUCAACAAAAAACGAAAACAAAUUGUGCAAAAAGAGAGAGAGAGAGAGAGAGAGAGCUUUUGGGUCUCAAUUUCUUUUUAGAGUUUAACUAUUUUAUGCCCAUAAUCAACUAGUUUAUAGAGACAACAUAUAUAUAUAUAUCUUUUUGGGAGCAUAGACGGGGCAGAUGCGAAACUGUGCAGAUACGACAAAAAAAAAAAAAAUAAUAAUACACACAGAACACAAACUGAAUAAAAUAUGAAUUAAUAAACGUAGCGUACGUGUUUAAGCAUUAGUUUGUACAGAUUUCUAUAUAUUUAAAUACGUAUCUAUUUAUGGACUAUGUAUUCCUUUGACUAAAACUAAACUAAACUAAACUUAUGUAACUUGUAUUUUGUGUGCGUGUGUGUGUGUGUGUGUAUACUUUUAUAGAAGAUCGACAGACAUGAAAUGAACAUGGAACUAACGUAUUAUCAUACUUUAUAUCUGUCUCUUUUUCUCUCUACUUUCCUUUGGUUAAACAACAAAUUUGACUUUGAAAUUGAAAUUGUUAACAACAUUUAUUGUUAUAUUUGCCUCUUAAUUUAAGUUACAUUUAUACUUUACCUUACUUUACUUUACUCUCAUCUAAUCCAUUUACACAUAUACUUAUUAUCUAUAUUAA